GCUCGCGCACGCAGGGUGGGGGGAGGGAGCGCACGACGUGCGCGCGCCCUCUCCCUCCUCCACCGCUGCCGCCUCCUUCUGCCGCUCCUGGUGCUGCUUGUGUGCUCGUUCGGUGCGGACCUGGUACCUCUUUUGUGAAGCAGCAGUUGAGGAGACUCGGGCGCUCAUCAUGGCCGACGAAAAGCCCAAGGAAGGAGUCAAGACUGAGAACAACGAUCAUAUUAAUUUGAAGGUGGCGGGUCAGGAUGGUUCUGUGGUGCAGUUUAAGAUUAAGAGGCAUACACCACUUAGUAAACUAAUGAAAGCCUAUUGUGAACGACAGGGUUUGUCAAUGAGGCAGAUCAGAUUCCGAUUUGACGGGCAGCCAAUCAAUGAAACAGACACACCUGCACAGUUGGAAAUGGAGGAUGAAGAUACAAUUGAUGUGUUCCAGCAGCAGACAGGAGGUGUCUACUAAAAAGGGAACUUGCUACUUUACUCCAGAACUCUGUUCCAACAGACCAAGAAGACAUUCGCAAUUAGAAAACCACAAUUUGGUUCUACCACGUCCUGACUACUACAGUAUAGUUUUCUCUAUUCUUUCAUUUUCCCCUUCCCCAUUCCUUUAUUGUACAUAAAGUAACUGUGUAUGUGCACAAGCAUAUUGCAUUUUUUUUUUUAACUAAAUGGCCAAUAUAGUAUGUUUGAUCAACAUCAAAUGGAGAUGGGAUGGGGAAAAAUACUGGCUCUGUGAAAAUACUCCCUUUCUCCAUUAGCGGCAUGCUCAUUCAGCUCUUAUCUUUAUAUUCCAGUAAGUUAUUUUGUUUUCACUGUUAAACAACAACAACAAAAAGGAACAACCUAAAAAACCUUGCAUACCUUGUUCAAUUGGAGAAUUUUUAUGUUUCUCAUUUAUCAUUGUAAAACCAAGGACAAUUUUAUAACUUUUUUGUACGUAGCUGUUACAUGUAGGGCAAUCUGUCUUUAAGUAGGGAUAAAUUACUCUAAAAGAAAUGAAUCCUAGAUAGUUUUCCCUUCAAGUCAAGCGUCUUGUUGUUUAAAUAAACUUCUUGUUUAAAAUGA